AGGAAACACUGCGCGUCACUUUCCCCUUUCUAAUCUGUCUGCCUCAAAGCUUUUAAACACUAUGGAGUCAGAGCAGAGACAGUUUCCCCGCAGCUAGAAAAACAGACCGACCACCGGCUCUCUCUCUUCGGGUCACUCCGCGGUUACUUUCCGGUGUUUUGUGGUCAGACCGGGAGAGGCUACAGAGAUGUCCGACAACGGUGGCUCUGCUGUUGGCCUUCUGUCUUACGAGACGCUGGUUCACGCUGUGGCAGGUGCAAUGGGGAGUGUGACAGCAAUGACAGUCUUCUUUCCUUUGGACACAGCGAAGAGCAGACUGCAGGUUGAUGAGAAGAGAAAGUCUAACUCUACCCCUGUCAUCCUGGCUGAGAUAGCAAAGGAAGAAGGCCUUCUGUCUCUGUACAGAGGAUGGUUACCAGUCAUCUCCAGCCUCUGCUGCUCCAACUUCGUGUACUUCUACACCUUCAACACGCUGAAGAAGCUGGCAGCAUCUGGCCAAGGGACGUCCAGACCGGGGAAAGACCUGCUCAUGGGUGUGGUAUCAGGGGUGGUGAAUGUGAUCCUGACCACUCCCAUGUGGGUGGUCAACACUCGACUGAAGCUGCAGGGGGCAAAGUUCAGGAACGAAGACAUCCAGCAGACCCAGUACAGGGGCAUCUUUGAUGCUUUCUCACAGAUCAUCGCCAAUGAGGGAGUAGGAACUCUGUGGAACAGCGUCAUGCCUUCUCUCAUCCUCGUGAUCAACCCGGCAGUACAGUUCAUGAUUUAUGAGGCCAUGAAGAGGAGGGCAGGCAAUGGAGGGAAGAAGAUAUCCUCAGCAGAGAUCUUUCUCAUUGGAGCCAUCGCCAAGGCUGUUGCUACCACGGCGACAUAUCCUCUGCAGACCGUCCAGGCCAUCCUCAGGUUCGGCCAGCACAAAGGUGAUGGGAAGGGCGGCGUGGUGGGAAGCCUCGCCAACAUUUUCUCCAUGCUAAUGGCCAGGAUCAAGAGGUAUGGUGUUCUUGGUUUGUACAAAGGUCUGGAGGCCAAGCUGCUACAGACGGUUCUGACGGCUGCACUCAUGUUUGUUAUUUACGAGAAAAUCACUGCUGCUACGUUCAAAGUCAUGGGCAUUAACAAGAGACUGAAGCAGUGAACACACUCCUUCUUGAAUACAGAAAUGUAUUAGUGAACUUUUUAUUAAUUCCUACCAAUUCCUUGACAUACACCAUAACCAGAGCUUGGUGUGAUACUUAUUAUACUGUCUCUUUCUUAACUUUUAACUUUCCAUUUAUCAGGCUAGCACUUUACCUAUUUCCAGUAUGUGUGCUAUGCUAAAGCAUAAACUGCUGCAGUUAGUAUAAAAUGUCACAAACAUGAGUGGUAUCAAUCUUUUCACCCUAAUCUCUGCUAGACAGCAAAUAAGCCUUUUCCCCAAAAUAUCAAACUUUCCUUUGAACUUUUAGGGCUUUCUGCAAAUGAUAAAAACAAUAUUAGCUACCUACUGUUAUUACUUCACACACACUUGUCUCAUGUGUUAUAGAAACGUUAUCAAAUCCCGCCCUAUGAAUGUUUUUUUUAAUAUACUGAUUUAACAUGUUAUCAUUUCACAAAUAUUAGCAGUAAUAACAAUAACUGACAGGGAGAGACCUCCCAUACAUAUGUAAAGACUUAUGUGCACAAUCUGAAUGGUUUUGAUAUUAACAACUAUAAUGUGUUAAUUAAAUAUCAAUGGACUAUAAAUGAAUACUUAAACAAUACACAGUUAAACUUACAUAUUUAUAAAAAUACUCCAGUAAGUGCCUCUAAAUGAUAUCUAAAUAUGCACUGUGAAUGGAUAUAAAUGCUGUGAUGACUGUUGAUGAUUUACACAAACCCAUUAUGCAUUAACCGUCUUCCUAUUGGUCAGUAUGAACAUGGUCAACUCUGUCUUCCAUUUUUUAUCUUCGUGUCAUGUUAGAUGUGUGAUUUUCAGUAUUUGUUUAUCAAAGUGUUCUUUCUCUGAUUUGGUGAUUCAACGUUUACGCUGCCUUUUACCUUAUAACCAAUGUGAAAGUUCAUUCACUUUGUUGGUUUAACUUGUUGUUCAAUCUGUUACCUUGAGAUGUAAUCAUUACAAGAGCUGCAGCUCUCAAUAUAACUUUGCAACAUUACAUUAAGGAGAGGAAGUCCUUUGACUUUUCAUUGAAUUAAGGCUAGUUUCAAGUAGUAAGAACACUACAUUUACCAGAAAUGGAAAUUAACCAGAUAUGAGUU